GCGAGUUUUACCUCCGGGUUUGGGAGCGGUUGUGCGCUGCGGCCGCCAUUUUGCUGGAAGGGGAGGCGCGUCUUACUUCCCGACUCCGUACCCUAUCCCAGCGGCAUCGCGGCUCCCCACGACCUCCGAUCUAUGAGCCUUCCCCUACCCACAAGACUCUUCCUGUUGCGCUCUGAUUUCAGGACUUUCUCCACAACUAGGCUGUUUUCCCUGCCCAGGUGUCCUUUUGACCUCUUGACCUCUGACUCAAAGGUCAGCUCUAAGGUUCCAAACUCGGGUCUGGGAUGCGAAGGGGCGAUGUAUUCUAAAUUCCCCAAGUCUUUAGCACUGGGGCCGUAAAUCCGACGCUUUUGGUGCCUCGUCCCAGGUCAGCGCUUUCAUGUCCUGAAAUUGAACACCAGGUUUCCAAAUCUAGCCAGGGAUAAGAAGUUAACUCCUACUGUCACUCCUUGAGCCCUGCAUCCCAACUUAUACCGCAAAUCUGGUUGUACAUUAAAGGACCCCGUUAACCCUCAGAUUCCUUGUGGUUUAAGUCAGCCUCAAUCCCAGCUCCCAAGGUUCCAGAUUUUAGCCCUGGUGUUUUCAGUCCCACUGCUUAGGCCCCCAAAUCUGGAACUCAGUUCUAAAACCUUCAAAAUCUCCAUCCCUGCGACCAGCACCUUUUGGAGGAUCCUUCCCUCUCGCAUUCUCCAUCUUCCAACCCAAGUCACAGACCCCAAAAUGAUUUCUCCAUGCUCUCCUUCUUUAGAGCCACCAAUUCCUGCUCCUCAAACCCCUGCAUCCCAGGCCCCCAUAAUUCCACCUCCUCCCCUACCCCCAAACCUCCCGGAAUUAGCUUUUCCACCCUCUCCCUCAAGUCUCCAGACCCCUAUUCCCCCACCACCCCCACUGCCGCCUCCACCCACUACCACCAGGUUUUCUCCCCCUCACGUCUUCGGCUUGGAGAAGAGCCAGCUCCUGAAGGAGGCCUUGGAGAGGACCGGCCCAGUCCCCAGGAGCAGAGAGGACGUGAAGAGGCUCCUGAAGCUGCACAAGAGCCGGCGGAACAGUCCUCAGAGCAUUCUGAGAGCCUCUCCCAGGUUAUAAUCCUCAGUUUCAGAAGUGACCUGCAGUGGAUCCUCUUCUGUGCUGACCUGCCCUCCCUCAUCCAAGAAGGCCCUCAGUGCGGGCUGGUGGCCUUGUGGAUGGCAGGCACUCUCCUGGCACCCCUCAGCAGCACCCCCCUGGAGAGACUGGUGCAGGUGGCCAUGGAGAGAGGUUACACGGCCCAGGGGGAGAUGUUCUCAGUGACUGACAUGGGCAGGCUGGCCCAAGAGGCACUGGGCUGCCAGGCAGAGGUGCUCUAUGGCGGCCUGGGUGGUCCCAACAGAGACCACGUCCUGCAGCACCUUGUCACCGGACAUCCCCUGCUUAUCCCCUAUGACGAGGACUUCAACCACGAGCCGUGUCAGAGGAAGGGCCACAAGGCCCACUGGGCAGUGAGUGCAGGAGUCCUGCUGGGUGUGCAGGGUAUGCCCAGCCUCGGCUACGAGGAGGACCCUGAGCUGCCAGGCCUGUUCCACCCAGCACCCGGCACGCCCCGCCAGCCACCAUCCCUGCCAGAGGAAGGCUCCCCAGGAGCCGUCUACCUUCUCGCCAAGCAGGGCAAGAGUUGGCACUACCAGCUGUGGGACUACGACCAAGUCCGGGACAGCAACCUGCAGCUGACGGACUUCUCGCCCUCUCGGGCCGCCGACGGCCGUGAGUACGUGGUGCCCGUCGGUGGGGUGCGGGCCGGCCUCUGCGGCCAGGCCCUGCUCCUCCGACCACAGGACUCCGGCCACUAGCCUGCUGCAGCCCCGAGCCGGGGUGACGGGGCGCAGCCACAGCUCAGCUGUGUCACCAUUCACAGAGUGCCCCAUCUUCUCCUCUGUACGACAGCCUGGGGGCUUGGGCUGGAUCUCUGAGGACCUCCAACCAGAGAUCUUUCAUGCAGGGUCCCCCCCCGACUCCAUCCAGUCCCAAUCCUGGGCCUCAGCUCCCCCAAGCCCGUCCCCCAGUAUUGAGCACCUACUCUGGGCUGGGGUUAUAGCCAGGAGCCCCACAGACAAGCUCCUUCUCUGCAAGGGAGAGACCGGCAACCGCUCAGACCCCAGGGCUUGUCCACCCCACCUCGGUGUUGCAGCCACCCGUUUCUGGCUGCUGCCCGCCGUCUCUCUGGACCCCUUGCUGCUUCCCAGCGUCUGUCCAUGUGGAGCCAGGGAAGCCUUUUAAAACGCAAACCAGGGACUUCCCUGGCGGUCCAGUGUUUAGGACUCCACGCUUCCACUGCAGGGGGUACAGUUCGAUCCCUGGUCGGGGGAACUUGAGACCCUGCAUGCCACGCAGCGCAGCGCGGCAUACUUCUUGCAGGGCAGGGACUAAACUCACUCCGCCCCAGGUCACCUCCCUUACCCCAGGCUGUUCUUCCUCACGCUUUCUGCCACCAGCCAGGCAUAGUGGCCUCUCCGGUGCCUAGGUGUCCUGUCUCCCCCACCCCCCAGCCCUGUGCCACAGACAAUUCUGGAACUGCUCUACCCUGGCUCCUUGUCACUUCCUCUGGGAAGACUCCCUCUGGCUGAGCACCUC